GUAGUGAAAAAAAGCCGUUGAAGUACACCCUCUGUCAAUCUACCUGCGAGAGAGGUAAACCGAAUUAAUGAAAUUUGAUAUAAAAAUAUCCGCUUAGUGUUCAUAAAAUACCUAAAAUACAAAGAUCUGGCUUCUAUUCAAUCAGUGCUCUAAUAUUUUUCAAAAUAUUUUCCUUAGAACGUGUGAAAUAUGGACGUCAAAAGCUGCGCAAAUUGCCCGGAGAACAUGCAAGUCGGACGAAAUUUGCUUGAAGCUGACUCCGAACAAUCUGCAAAAUUCAAAAGCCGUAUUGUUUGUGUCGUCCCCGGAUGUAAGCAGAGAUAUCGCCCCGGAAUUUCUUUUCAUGCCUUCCCUCCGAAAACGGACAAACCGCGGUAUCUAGACUGGAUCCAACGACUACGACUAAAGAUAGAACCUACAAAAACCUCCCGUAUUUGUAGCCUCCAUUUCACCGUGUCGAACUUCUACUCUCCAACAACAAGCCGUGCCACUGAUCGCUUAAUUCUUAGGCCAUCAGCAGUUUCCGACUUGAAUUUGCCACAACCUCCCAUCAGCGAAGCCAGGAAAAGACUUAUUGAGGGCCGUGCUGAACGUGCUGCAAACCGUGCCAAAGUUGGGGCAGCGAUGGACCAGAGACAUGAUACACCAAACCUUUCAGAUCUUGCCAUCAGAGGCGAAUUAAUUACUUAUGAUUCAAAACACGUUAUUGCACAUUUUGCACGAAACAGUUGGACUGUUUCGGCCUUUUCCAUAAGUGCGAAAAUACGAAUAAAAGUGCGCUCUAACAUCGAAUCAUGUUGGUGUCUUCAGCGCACUUAUUCUUCGAUUGAUAACGAAUAA